AUGCUGCGUUCCUUGCUUUCCUUGGGCCGCACGGGCGCCAGCGCCGACGAGUACCUUUUUCCCAAAGUGGAUCCCAAAGAGGACGGCCCUGAAUGUUUAAAAGACUGCGCCGACUGCACAGUACAGUUUCCGUCGAAAGUGAAAGUCGAGACCUCGAGACCUCUUUAUGGUCAAAUCAAAGAAUUUCAAGCUCAUGUUCUCGUAGCAACGGGCCAAUCCGACUGGAAGGAAAAGAACGUUGAAAAUAUGACAGGAAGCUUAAUGGAAGCAUUCGAUGGGGUGAAGUCAGACCACGGUCACAUUAAAGUCUCAGCAUCAAAUCUCACUGCAGAACAGCCAACCACAGACGACAGUUCUAAGCAAGGCACAAAAGUACUGAUUCUACCAUCAUUCACAUACAUCGACUCCGUCACACAAUCAGACGUUCCAGACCUAAUAGCCAGAUUCAUCGACCACCCUGUCGACCAGAAAAAUGGAAACGGCAUUUCCUCUCCCACGAAUGGGUUGAGCGCUCGACCCUGUGAACUUGACUAUGUGAUUCUACUCUGCUCACACGGACGCCGAGAUGCGCGCUGCGGUAUUACAGCGCCACUUAUCAAGCGCGAGCUAGAGCGACAUCUUCGCCCGCUGGGUCUGGACCGAGAUGCAGAUGAUUCCCGGGCUGGUGGGGUGGGCAUUUUCUUCGUGUCGCAUGUCGGUGGGCAUAAGUUCUCUGCCAAUGUUUUGAUUUACCGCAAGACAGAUCAGCAAAUGAUUUGGCUUGCGCGUGUACGACCUGAGCAUUGUGAGGGAAUUGUUAAGUACACUGUUCUACAGGGGAAGGUUGUGUAUCCUGAGUCACAGUUGAGGGGUGGGUUUGAUCGGGUGAAAGGGUUGACAAGUUGGUAA